CCCUUCGUCUCUCUCCCUCACUCACUCUUUCUCUCGGGGUUUAACCAAACGAAUCAAAGCAAAAUGGCGUCAGCAGCACAGCCACCGUCUCUUCCACUGCCACUACAGGCGUCGAAUGUUGCAGGAGGAGGGUGGAAUUCUCUUCAACGAGCUUCAUUGUACGUGGGUGAUUUAGACCCGGACGUUACUGAGACUGACCUCAUUAACAAAUUCUCUGCUAUUGCUCCCGUCUCUUCUCUUCGCCUUUGCCGUUGCCUCCGUACUAGGAAGUCUCUUCGUUACGCUUACAUCAACUUCUUCUCUCAUUUUCAUGCACGUAAAGCUUUCGCUUGUCUAAACCACACUGACCUAAAGGGGAAACCAAUGAGGAUAAUGUGGUCUCAGAGAGAUCCUUUUCCAAGAAAGAUUGGUAUCGGUAAUCUUUUUGUCAAGAACCUGGACCCUUCUAUAAGCAGCGCUUGCUUGGAAGGAAUCUUCUGCCGUUUUGGGACUAUUCUUUCGUGUAAAAUCGCUGAAGAAAAUGGCAAGAGUAAAGGAUUUGGAUUUGUACAGUUUGAUUCAGAGGGAUCAGCUAUGGCUGCCAUGACCGCGCUCCAUGAUACUAUGCUUGAAGGGAGGAAGUUAUAUGUGGCCAAAUUUGUCAGGAAGAGCGAGAGGACAACUUCUUCUGAAGAAGAGAAGUUCACUAAUCUCUAUGUGAAAAAUUUGUUUGAUGACAUGACAGAGGAUCUUCUUAAAGAAAUGUUUUCUAGAUACGGGAAGGUUUGCAGUGUUGUAAUCAUGAAGGAUGGCAAUGGGAUGUCAAGAGGUUUUGGGUUUGUCAACUUUCAAUCCCCAGAUGAUGCUAAGAAGGCUCUCGAGGCUAUGAACGGUUUACAACUUGGUUCAAAGAAUUUGUUUGUGGGAAGGGCUCAGAAGAAGGCUGAAAGGACAAAGCUAUUGAAAAACAAGUACAAGGAUGUGUUCAACUGCCGUUUUGAGAAAUUGAAGGCUUCGAAUCUCUACGUGAAGAACCUUAAUGAUUCCAUUGAUGACAAAAGAUUACAAGAAGUUUUUGGUCGCUUUGGACGAAUAACCUCAGCUAGGGUGAUGCGCCUUGAAAAUGGAAGGAGUAAGGGGUUUGGCUUUGUGUGCUUUUCCUCUCCUGAAGAAGCGACGGCAGCUUUACAUGGGCUUAAUGGAACCUUUUUUGAGGGAAAGUUUUUAUAUGUAGCAGUAGCUCAACGUAAAGAAGAUCGCUGCAAGGAAUUGCAGUACUACUAUAUGCAAAACACCCCAGUACAAUCCUCAUAUCAAUCUAGUUGCAAUGGUGGUACCCCUCAGUUCCACUCAUUUUACUUCAAUUUCCCCCCUUGCCCUACUGUCUCCCCUCUCCUGUGCCAGCCAUCCUUAUAUCAACAUUUUGUUACAAACGUGGGCCAGUAUCCUUUUGCAACAACAGAUGAACAACAAAACUUCUCAUAUGAUCAAAUGAGACACGUGCACCCGAGCAUUGCUGGGAUCAGAAGAGACUGCAUGUACAAACAGCAUUCUAUGACAUAUAACUCUAAUGUUCGGCUCCGAGAGCUGGACCAUGUCAAUUCUGGGAGUAAGAAAGUAGGUUUCAGAAAGAAGGGGAACAAAAGGUGUGAACCUGCGGAAAACUCUUCGGUAGCAUUAGCAGCUAUCGAACCUGUUACUGCAGCAACAUCCCCUGGAAACUCUGAAAACAAUGAAAAUCUAAGUCACCCAUUUGUGGAGAAUCUUAAGCCAGAACACGCCGCGAAGGUAUCAGGAGUGCUGUUGGAGAUGAACUCUGAUGUACUCAAGCUACUUAAUUCUCCAAAUUCCUUGGCCAUUAAAGGCAAGCCAGUCCAAGUGCUAAAGGAGGCAAAUGCCAGGACUGGCACCGAUGCUGUUACUUUUACCAACCCUAAAUCUGCCCGUUGCUUGAGCUAUUAGCUGGUGUCAUUAGACAUUCCUAACAUGCCUACUCUUUGCCUAGGUAGCUUUUCAGUUUUGCCAAUCACUUGCUGCUUAUGCAUAAGACAGUGUUAUAUGUUGUCUGGAAUAUAUUUUCCUUGUAUCCAA